GUUUGCUUCUGGAUUGUAUAGUGAAAUCUGCAACAGUUCAAUGUCUAAACUCUUUCCAUGUUUGUAUCAAGCUUGAUCUUCUAGAAAUAGAGUCAUGAAAUGAUGGUUGACUGAUCAGAAUCAUUACUAUGGCUGAAGACAGGGAAAUAAUGCGGGAGAUUUGGGAAGGACGAAUACCGGUAUGUUUCUCCAUAUCUCUUGAGGACGUGGAAUCAGAAGAACCAGAAUCUGUCUAUCUGAUGAUGCCUCGUCUAAGUUACUUCCCUUUAGUAACCGACAAAAUCCAAAAGCAUUUUAUCAAAUAUAUUUCGUCUGAAAAGCAGGGUGAAAUGUGGCUUGAAUAUGAAGGCCAACCGUUGAAAUGGCAUUACCCUAUAGGCCUCCUGUUUGACCUGUUUGCCUGUAAUGAUAUGCUACCUUGGUGUGUUACUGUACAUUUCCAGAAUUUUCCUGAGGAGGACCUUCUACACUGCAACAGUAAGGAAGUGGUAGAGUCUCACUUUAUCUCUACAGUAAAGGAAGCCGACACGCUCAAACAUCGCGGCCAAGUCAUCAACAGCAUGCAGAAACGUGAUCACAAACAGCUCUGGUCUGGGCUCCUACAUGAAAAGUUUGAUCAAUUCUGGUCAGUCAACAAGAAAUUAAUGGAGUCCACAGGAGAAGAUAUGUUUAAAAAUAUUCCCUAUAGACUAUAUUUGCCUGAGAGGUCAUAUAUACAGCAGUUAUUUCGACCUAUUAAUACAGAGGGUUACAAUCAGACUCUCCGUGACCUUCUCAUGGAAGUAGUGCCUAGCAUGUGGAAUGAAGAUAAAACAUUUUCAAGAAGAGUUGUGAUACAUGGUGUGGAGCCCUGCCUUGAUACACCCCUGCUUUGGAUGUCGGAACAUCUUAGUUAUCCAGAUAAUUACCUCCACAUAUGUUUACUGGACAGACCUAAAGUGGAAAAGGGGUGACAACAUGAUAAUCAACUAGUCUGUAUUUACGCCAAUUAAUCUAACCAAACCAUUGUAUGAGUUUCUGAGUCAGUAGUAUAGUUAACCAAAGUUCAGUAUGUAAAUUUGUAUUGAAGAAUAUCUUAAAAUGCUCUCUGCAUGUUGAGUGAAGUAUGUAUGAAAUACUUCAUGGGAGUUUAGCUCUUUCCCAUGAGAAUGUUUUUAGUUUAUAGAAACAAACAUGUAAGAUGAACUGGAAGUCUGUCUCUGCAUUACUAUCUUAAUUCACAAAUACUUUUUAGCAUUAUUUCGAGUUGUAUAGGUGAACUGUUUAGUUAAAUUCUUUUUUACUUUAUUUAAAGUUUAAAUAACAUAAGAACUAAUAUUUAAAGAGAUUAACAAUCUAAAAUUGGUAAAUAUAACUUAAUCCUGUUUUUGUAAUUCAAAAAAAUCAUUAACAAUUUGUGAUGUUAUUUGGCAAGUCUGAAAUGAGAAAAAGAAAAAAAGAAAAAUGUCUUCAUUUAAUGAUGAUAAGUUACCAACAGAGAUUGAAGAUAAGUAAAAACUCAGACGGCCUCUUCUUUUACAAUUCUGAAAAAUUUUUCAUGGAUUUAUGUGAGAGUUUGCAAGACAAAUGUCCUCUUUAGUCACUCCCACAAUAAAUAUUGUAUCAUAUGAACGGGUUCCCGUUUUGUAUGAGAUUUUAUGAAACAGGUCUUAGAAGAUUUUAAUUUGCAAGAUCUUUUUAGCAAAAUUUAAAAAAAUUUAGGCAAUUUUCAUAAAAUCUUGUAUGAAAACAAAUUAUAGAUAAUUUUUUUCAAAUAACAAAUAACACUUAUUAUAUUUUGACAGGUUUUAGAGGCAAAAUGCUGUUGAUGGCAAAAUCAGACCCAAGCAACUGUUUUACUUUACCAUUUUCAAUACAUGACAUAAUGUUAUUGUCCAUAUAUGACAGAACAAUAAAUAUCUGACUACCAGUCAAUUGAAUAUUUCAUGGUAUUUCUGUUAUACACUUAUGUUGUAGAUGAAAAAUAUUCACGAAAAAUUUACUGGAUAACUGGCUAAUAAUGUGAUAAAUAUGUUUUGUUUUACCUAAACUAGCUUUAAACUAUCAUAAGUAGGAUAAUUAACCCAAACCAUUGAUAUCAUAAUACAGGAUUAUUGUACUGCUGUCUGGUUGUAUAUUCAAUUUAAACUUUUUUUGUUAAUGUUCCUGGAUAUUGUGUCUGAUGAUUCAAUUUAUGAUAGAAUUUCAUAAUCUUCAAAUGUAAGAAAAGUGAUGUUCAGACCUGAAAAAAGAAGAUCUCUAACCUCGUGUUUUAUUUUCCGGUGAGUGAUUUACAUCAUAUUGACCUUCUGUUGAUGAUGUUUAUACACAACAGAAUGGAUUACAGCUGUGACAUGUUUCCAAAGUCAGACAUUGAUGUCAUAAAUCUUUGUAUUUCAUAGUUAUUACAUGUAUCAUGAUACAGGUUGAAGUGUUUGUAUUAACAGGAAAUCUAAGAUUUUUCUGAUAAUUUGAAGCAUUGAUAUUUGUGAAAAAAAGGUUUUUUUAUAAUGAUAGGUUUGAUGUAAUGUACGUUAGGCCUUUAUUUCAACAUUUCUGUUUGUAUUUUAAGUUGAGUUUUAUAGCUUUCUUUAAAACCAUGAAACUAAUAGACAGUAAUCAAAGUGUUCACCACACAUACCAUUGUCUAUAUAAAUAUAUUCUGUAGUAAAACUUUUACUUCAUAUAUCACUUUCAUCAAAAAGUUGUCAUGUCAUUGUAUGUAAAAGACAGUUUUCUGAGAGUGUUGAAAAGUUCUCUUAGCACAUGUUUGUAUUGAUUGUUUUAAAAUUAUAUGUUCAAGUUCAAGUAUUUGAUUUGAUGUAUUUUUGUGAAACUUUAGAGUGAAGUUGUACAUGUAUAGAUGAUGUAUACAUGUUACUGGUGUGUGUGUAUGGGGUGGUGUUUAGAUGUGUGUGUGUGUGCAAUGUACCGAGUGGGAGACAGAGGGAGAUUAUGUUCAAUAGUGCUGCCUUAACCAAUUACUAUUAAAACAAGAUACAAGUAAUAGUCACAAUUUUAUCCCAAGUUGGUCCACAUACAAACAAAUACUUAGUUUAUUCAUUUGAGAUAUCAUGCAUCUAUUCGGUCAAUGAAAAUUAUCUGUAAUAGAAUUAUCAUGAUAUAUAUUGUGGAAACUCAUGUGUAAUUAUAGCCCAGAUGCAUCUUUCAAAUAAAAUUGACAAACACAGACAUAAAAACAACUUCCAGUACUAAGUGUAACCAAAAAGGUCCUCCAAGCUUGUAAAACCACUAGCAUCACUAAUCCUGGACAGGAGGACAGAGAUUUCAGAAAAAUAUACACAGUGUUUUUGCACAUUAUAAUGAGGAUAAAUUGUGUUUUAAAAUUGUGACAACAUAUCGUGAUUAUACUCUUGCAAAUAUCAGUUUUAUUGGUUCCGGAUUAGCAACAUUAUAAUUGUGAUCAAUAGAUGCUAACUUCAAUAUUAUACCUUAAUUUGUAAACAUGUAAAAAUACAUUGUGAUCAGUACAUGCAGAAUAAGCUGGUGUUACCACUUAUAAUGUUCUCAAUAGCUUUUAUGUUAGUAAUAUGAAGUUGUUUUACCUCUGACUUUUGUAUUUUCAGAAAUGAAUGAAAUUAGUAACUUUGUGUUAUGGCCUGUGGAACAUAUGUCCUUAAAACACAUGUAGUAAAUUGACAAAAAUGUCCCUAGUUUAUUUGAAAUACAUGUAUGUGAUACUAAUUAUCUCCCUUAGUACAUAUACUUUCCAUCAUAUGGAUUGCCAUAGAGGCCCAUAUCUUUACUUUUACAAAUAAUUUAUUUCUAUUUCCUCUUUCUGAACUUGUGAUAUUUUGUCAAUCCUAAGUUGACGUUGAAACACUGAAAUCCAUACAACGUUUGGUUAGCUUAAGAUCAAGAGUAAACAAAUUUGUAGAAUAUGAAAUCUUUUUAUGUUAAGUGAUGGUAGUUGUUCAGCUAAGGUGAUAGGUUACUGUUAUUCAAUAAAGCAAUUUGAAAUUUGAUUCAAAGUUUAUUUGUUGGACUGCUUAGGGAAUGGUAUUUUCUGAAAUGUUUUGAGAUAUUAAGUAUGAAUUCAGUGUGUGUAUCGUUGUAGAGGCACACCAGUAAUAAAAGUUGUCACUUUUCAAUCAUAUAUAUAAUCUUUGGACAAAUAAAUAAUAAUUCUAUCAGAAUGACUUUCA